AGGUAUGUUGACGGAGGGAUUUCCGACAACUUGCCACAGUAUGAGCUGAAGAACACCAUUACCGUGUCCCCCUUCUCAGGAGAGAGUGAUAUCUGUCCACGGGACAGCUCCACGAAUAUCCAUGAGCUGAGAGUCACCAACACCAGCAUUCAGUUCAAUUUACGCAACCUCUACCGCCUCUCAAAAGCCUUGUUUCCACCAGAACCUCAGGUUAUGCGGGACAUGUGCAAACAGGGCUACAGGGAUGCUCUGCACUUCUUGAAAAAGACUGGUCUCCUCCAUCAUCCCAGACCUCUGCUGCCUCUGCGAGCCGUAGAAGAUAGCGCAGGGGAGACGAACCCUGAAGAGGAAGAGGCUGGCGAAGAGGAUCAGCUGGAAGAGAACUCCGCACUGACAGUAGCUGAAGACCACAUUUUUGAACACUUGCCUCCUAAGUUGCACCAGGCCCUUUUAGAAGCUUGCGCUGAGAGGAGGGGGCUGUUCACGAGCAUUGCCAACCUGUUGCCUGUGCGCCUAGCAUCUGCCUUGAUGCUCCCAUACACCCUUCCUCUGGAGUCUGCUCUCUCCUUCACUGUCAGAUUGCUUGAAUGGCUGCCAGAUGUUCCAGAAGACAUUAGGUGGAUGAAAGAGCAGACAAGGAAAGUUUGUCAGUAUCUCAUGAGAAAAGCCAAGAAGAAGCUAGGAAGUCAUCUCUCAGCCCGGCUCUACUACCAUCUUGAACUCCGAAAGACCCAAAGUUUACCUGUACCCUUGAGUGCUGGCUAUGGAGAGGCAUUGCCCAAUUGGUUGCGGAAUAACCUGUCCCUAACAGAUGUUAUGACAAAAUGGGAAGAAUACCAGCGCCAGCUGAUGUUGGGGCUGUUGUGUAUUAAUGUGGACCUGCGGGCUUCUGUCUUCCCAUCAGAAGGGCUUCAGAUGAGACACCCACCAGCAGGCUGCUCACAAGAGAGCCUGCAGCUCUUUUAAAGCCAUCACCAAUAUCCGAACAGGUGGAAGGGGAGGGCGGGGCAGCAGUAGUAUCCUUAAUCCCUACUAAGGGAACUUCUUCCCACCAUGAACAGAGAGAGAACCUAUACCACAACACCCGAUUGUGCCAGCAUUAAGCAGGUGGCUGGCACGGUGUUACACCCAACACACUCUGAUGGGUUUCACGUUCACUUUUUGAGAUCACGAUGUAUAAAAUACUUGGUGACUGCAACAUAGCUGUUCUCUCUCUGGACUGAACUAUUUAAAAAGUUUCAUUUCAGAGCACCUCUAGAAGUUAUCGCAGACUUAUGUAUUAAGACGAUUGUGUCCCAAUCAUCGCCCUGGCAUUUCUUUGUUUUUAGAUCAGUAUUGUAAAGGGUGUAGCUUUAUGUUUUGUGUUUUUAAAGAUUUGAUCCCCCCAGGGGUCUUCAGUGCGAUGGGAUGCUAAGAGCAAGGCUGCCUAGGCUGCAAGUGAAACCGGGUCUUAUGUCAGAGUUUGUCCUUCUCGUCGACUGUAAAUGGAAGCACGGUGUGAAAUCUCCCCCCCCCCAAUUGUCUUGCACAUCUUUCAUGGCGCCACUGCUGUUCAUGUCGAUUUGGAGAAUACAAAACCAUAACGUUGACUGUGCGCCUCUAGAAUUUCUGGUUCUUCUGAACCUUGUCUCUUCCGAGGGGCUUUUUAUGAUGACGACAGGAGAACUCAGAAGUGCUGACGUUUUGUUGCUAAAACUGUUUCCAAACAUGGGGUUAUUUUUUCCCCCCUUCUCUAAGCCAAUCAAUGCAGUCCGGUGCUGCAUUUUCUGCAAGAAAUAUUAAAUCUACGUUAGUCUUGUACUACUGUAGUAGGGAUGAAAAGAGGAACGGGAGCAGACAGUAUGCAAGAUGGUCUAAUGUAUGUUUUGAAAUGGUUUGCGAUUAAAUGCGUGUUUUUCUGAAGACGGGGAAUGGAGGGGGAGGCAAGAGAUUUGAUUUCAUUUGCAAGAGAACAGGAAUCGUUCCCGUGAGAUGAACCUGGACGCCUGUGGACUUGCAUCCACUAGUACCAACAGAGAACGUGAUCCCCUGGGAAGAUGCUGCUGCUAAUAGCGCCUGCCAUGACUGUGGCUGUUGUUUCUCUGGAGGUGGUUCUAGUGAAUAC